AUGUCACCAAAGAGCAGCAUCCAUCUUGAUGGCAUCAUUGAUGAUCCUGUCAAGAUCUGGGAGAAACUGGCAAUUGUGCACGUCUCUAAGAAGCCUGGGACGAGAUUUAAUGCCUAUGACGACUUCUUCUCUAUCAGAAAGAAGGAGGACGAGUCCCUGCAGUCUCUCAUGACCAGAAUUGACGAAGGCAUGCAUCAGAUUCAAAAUCUUCGUCCUACUGGCUUCUCAUUGUCUGAAUUGGACGAUGAAUUGACAUGCAUGGCCAUGAUUAGGGCGCUUCCUGAUCAAUAUGCCCACUUCACUUCAUCUCUACUACUUCUGGGCACCUUGGACAAGACCCAGCUCAGGGAUGCUUUCCUUGCUGAAGAGGUCAAUUGCCGUCGUCGUGCUGAAGUCGAUUCUGCCUUGCAUUCUUCGUCUACCACUGCCAAUAGCACCUGCACCCAUCCUAACUGCCAUCAUUGCAACCAAUCCACCACCUCUACUCGUGUUCAGUGUGAUUUCUGUGGUUUACUUGGUCAUACCCAAGACAAAUGCCACAGAUACAUUUCUAGUCGCCAACAGGCAGUGGAGGGUGCUAAGAAUCGCUACAAGCGUGGCAAUAAGGCUCAGGCAGGCUCCAGCAACUCUCAGAAUACCUCUCAGCAGCCCAAAUCUUCGCCCAAUAAUGCCAAUUUAUCUACUGUGGUCACUGAAUCAGCUGGAAAUGCAAGUCUUUGUUCCAUUCAUCCCUCUGAUCCUCAUUGCCCUCUCCAACUUGAUGCUGACAUUGAUUGA